AUGACAUCACUGCCCUACGACAUCACAGCCCUACGACAUCACUGCCCUUCGACAUCACAGCCGUACGACAUCACUGCCCUACGACAUCACUGCCCUACGACAUCACUGCCGUACGACAUCACUGCCCUACGACCUCACAGCCCUACGACAUCACUGCCCCACGACAUCACUGCCCCACGACAUCACUGCCCCACGACAUCACUGCCCCACGACCUCACAGUCCUACGACAUCACAGCCCUACGACAUCACUUCCCUACGACAUCACUGCCCUAUGA